AUGCCUUUUCCUUCCUUUACAACGGGUGCAGUUACUCCUGUUGAUGGCAAGGAAGCACGCGAUAGAAAGAAACAACAUCGCCACAACAGCAGCAGUAGAAAACCUUCGAUUCGAAAGCGACCCAUCUUAUUGAACGUACGAUCAUCCGAUUACUUUAUCUUUUCCACAGCAGCCAUUGGCCUCUUCUCCAGUACGUUUGUGCACUCCAUCCUUUUUCCAUUAUCACCCUUUAUCAUCAAUCGGAUAAAUCAUGGCGAUGAUGCCCAGCUUGUUGACAGCAAUAAUUCCACAUUGACGCCAUCCACCAUCAGCAGUGCAAAUGUUGAAACAUCAAGAGACACCGGCAUCCUUGUUGCCCUUUAUGCAGUCGGCCUUUUAGCUGGAUCACCUAUAUUUGGAUGGCUGGGUGAUAAAAUCAAGCAAAGGCGUAUUCCAAUGUUGCUUGGGAUUUCAGCAUCCAUUGCAGCCAACUUGAUGUUCAUGUUCGCCUUUGCAUAUUGGAUGUUGCUUUUGGCAAGAUUUCUGCAGGGUGUGUCCAAUGCAGCUGUUUGGACCAUGUCUCUAUGUCUUAUUGCUGAUAAUUGGCCAGAGAACCAACUGGGGCUUCAAAUGGGCAAGUUGGUUGGAUUUUAUCCGCUCGGCAUGAUGGCCGGGCUUCCAAUUGGUGUCCUCUAUGGCAAAUUGGGUCACCAAGCACCUUUCAUUGCAUCCAUGAUUUUGUGUGGUGUCGACUUUUUCAUGCGGGUCGUGAUUGUUGAACGAUGCCACGCUCCACGAGAAUGGUUCAUCAACCCUGAACGAGAUCCAGCAGCAGGCAAUGAAGAAGAACAGCUUGGUACACCACCCCUAUCAAAUUACCAUCACCAUCGGCUGCCUGAAAUCUCAACAACGCACACCAACAUGAGCAGCUGUUGCAGUUACAGUGAAACCAGUGAUGAGUUGCAAGCAUCCGGAACCACCACAACCACCACUCACCACGAUGACCCACUUGCAAGUGAUAUCAAUGAUACCACAGCUAAAAAAGUGACCCUUGGACAACUCUUACGAAGACCACGGUUGUUAGUUGCAUUGCAUACGACAGUGGUAGUAGCCGCUGUCAUGAGUGCAUUCGAGUCGACAUUGACCAUGCAACUUGCAUCCGAAUGGAAGUUUGAUGAGGCGGCUAUUGGCUUGAUAUUGAUUGCCUAUAUGCUACCAGCCAUUGCAUCAGGAGCUGUAUCAGGAUGGCUUUGUGAUCGAUACGGCACCAAGAUUGUGGCACUCGUAUCCUUGACAUUGGUUACUCCAGCUUGUGUUGCCAUUGGUAUACCUAACCGCAACACGCCCUUUUGGCCAUUGGUGCUAUUGCUAGCCGUGGGUGGUAUGACCAUGGCAGGGUGUCAAUCACCCAUUUUCCCAGAGAUCGCAAGCGUCGUUGCCCGUGAAAAUGAACGACACAAAGGCAAAAAGCGUGAUGGGCUUGCUACCAGCUACGCCUUAUUCAAUGCAGCCUAUGGUGCAGGCAUGAGCUUUGGCCCAAUAUUGGCUGGAUUCUUGUAUGGCACCGUGGGAUUCUUUUGGUUAUGCUUUACUCUGGGAAUGAUGUUUGUUGUGUGUAUUCCUUUUGCGUAUGCGUUCACUGGUACGGAUCGACGACGAUCAUCCAAGACUGACGUUAUUGAAAAACCACCAACCACUGCUUCUUCUUAA